CGCCGCUCCCCGCAGUUUCGCAGCUCCGCGGCGCAGCUCUCCGAAAGGACCUGUUGGAGCGGCGCGUACAUAGAUGGAAACCCGAGCGCUCCGAGCGCGCCCUUUAAUUGUCCGGCGAUUUUGAUCUGCUCCUUCUCCUUGCAUUGGUUUUGUGGUGCUUCCUGAGCAUGAGUUCAGCAUGAAGCGGCGAUUGGAUGAGCAGGAGUCACCCGUGUACGCGUCGCAGCAGAGGCGCCUGGCCAGCAGCACCGAGCCUUUCCCGCACCAGCACCGCGUGCUCGCCCCGGCCCCGCCGGUCUAUGAGGCCGUUUCUGAGACCAUGCAGUCGGCCACGGGCAUCCAGUACUCUGUAACUCCCAGCUACCAGGUGUCGGCCGUGCCGCAGAGCUCGGGCAGCCACGGGCCGGCCAUCGCGGCCGUGCACGGCGGCCACCACCACCCCGCGCCCGUGCAGCCCCACGGCAGCCAGGUGGUGCCCAGCCACACGCACCCCACGCCCCCAGCCGUGCCCGUGCAGGGCCAGCAGCAGUUCCAGAGGCUCAAGGUGGAGGAUGCAUUGUCUUACCUUGACCAGGUGAAGCUACAGUUUGGUAGUCAGCCACAGGUCUACAAUGACUUCUUGGAUAUUAUGAAGGAAUUUAAAUCUCAAAGCAUCGACACUCCAGGGGUGAUCAGCCGUGUGUCGCAGCUCUUCAAGGGCCACCCAGACUUGAUCAUGGGUUUCAACACCUUCCUGCCACCUGGCUACAAGAUUGAGGUGCAGACCAACGACAUGGUGAACGUGACAACCCCUGGGCAGGUUCACCAGAUCCCCACCCACGGGCUGCAGCCCCAGCCGCAGCCGCAGCCGCCGCACCCGUCGCAGCCGUCGGCGCAGUCCACCCCGACACCAGCACAGCCGGCACCGCAGCCCACACCUGCCAAAAUCAGCAAGCCAUCGCAGUUGCAGGCUCAUACCCCUGCCAGCCAGCAGACGCCGCCGAUUCCGCCGUACGCGUCGCCGCGCUCGCCGCCGGUGCAGCCCCACACGCCUGUGACAAUCUCUCUGGGCACCACACCAUCCCUGCAGAACAAUCAGCCUGUGGAGUUUAAUCACGCCAUCAACUAUGUCAACAAGAUCAAGAAUCGGUUCCAGGGACAGCCAGACAUCUACAAAGCCUUCCUGGAGAUUCUCCAUACGUACCAGAAAGAGCAGCGUAAUGCCAAGGAGGCAGGAGGGAACUACACACCAGCUCUGACAGAGCAGGAGGUCUAUGCCCAGGUGGCUCGUCUCUUCAAGAACCAGGAGGAUCUUCUCUCAGAAUUUGGGCAAUUCCUGCCUGAUGCCAACAGCUCUGUGCUGUUAAGUAAGACAACUGCAGAGAAAGUGGAGUCGGUCAGGAAUGACCACGGGGGCACAGUGAAGAAGCCACAGCUCAACAACAAGCAGCAGAGACCCAACCAGAAUGGCUGUCAGAUCCGGCGGCACUCGGGCACCGGAGCCACCCCUCCCGUGAAGAAGAAACCAAAGCUGCUUGGUUUGAAAGACCAGUCUUUGGCAGAAGCCAGCAAACAUGGUGUGGGGACAGAAUCUCUCUUCUUUGAGAAGGUCCGCAAAGCUCUGCGCAGCACGGAAGCGUACGAGAACUUCCUGCGCUGCCUGGUUAUUUUCAACCAGGAGGUGAUCUCCCGGGCCGAGCUCGUGCAGCUGGUUUCUCCAUUCCUGGGGAAAUUCCCAGAACUGUUCACUUGGUUUAAAAACUUUCUGGGCUAUAAGGAGUCUGUUCACAUGGAGACAUAUCCCAAGGAACGGGCUACUGAGGGGAUUGCCAUGGAGAUUGACUAUGCCUCCUGCAAGAGGCUGGGCUCCAGCUACCGAGCCUUGCCCAAGAGCUACCAGCAGCCCAAGUGCACGGGGCGGACCCCGCUCUGCAAAGAGGUUUUGAAUGACACCUGGGUCUCCUUCCCCUCCUGGUCUGAAGAUUCCACAUUUGUGAGUUCCAAGAAGACACAAUAUGAAGAGCACAUCUACAGGUGUGAGGACGAGCGUUUCGAGCUGGAUGUUGUCUUGGAGACCAACCUGGCAACCAUCCGCGUUCUCGAGGCAAUCCAGAAGAAGCUGUCACGCUUGUCUGCGGAGGAGCAGGCCAAAUUCCGGCUGGACAACACGCUGGGGGGCACCUCGGAGGUGAUCCACCGCAAGGCUCUCCAGAGGAUAUAUGCUGACAAAGCAGCUGACAUCAUCGAUGGGCUGCGCAAGAACCCCUCCGUGGCCGUUCCCAUUGUGCUGAAAAGGUUAAAGAUGAAAGAGGAAGAGUGGCGAGAAGCCCAGAGAGGAUUUAAUAAAGUCUGGCGAGAGCAGAAUGAGAAGUAUUAUCUGAAAUCCUUGGACCACCAGGGCAUCAACUUCAAGCAGAAUGACACCAAGGUCCUAAGGUCAAAGAGUCUCCUCAAUGAGAUUGAAAGCAUCUAUGAUGAGAGGCAAGAACAGGCUUCAGAAGACAAUGCUGGAGUCCCCACAGGCCCACACCUCUCACUAGCCUACGAAGACAAGCAGAUCCUGGAAGACGCUGCCUCUCUCAUCAUCCACCACGUGAAGCGGCAGACGGGAAUCCAGAAAGAGGACAAGUACAAAAUCAAGCAGAUCAUGUAUCACUUCAUUCCAGACCUGCUGUUUGCUCAGCGAGGUGAACUCUCGGAUGUGGAAGAGGAAGAAGAGGAGGAAAUGGAUGUGGACGAAGCCACCGGGGCCGCAAAAAAGCACAACGGCGUUGGGGGUAGUCCUCCCAAAACCAAGCUGAUGUUCAACAACACGACAGCCCAGAAGCUGCGGGGCAUGGAUGAGGUGUACAACCUCUUCUACGUGAACAGCAACUGGUACAUCUUCAUGAGGCUGCACCAGAUCCUGUGCCUGCGGCUGCUGCGGAUCUGCACCCAGGCCGAGCGGCAGAUCGAGGAGGAGACGCGGGAGCGGGAGUGGGAGAGGGAAGUGCUGGGCAUAAAGAGAGACAAGAGUGACAGCCCUGCCAUCCAGCUGCGACUGAAGGAGCCCAUGGACAUCGAUGUUGAGGAUUAUUACCCGGCCUUCCUGGACAUGGUGCGCAACCUCCUGGACGGGAACAUGGACUCGUCGCAGUACGAGGACUCCCUGCGCGAGAUGUUCACCAUCCACGCCUACAUCGCCUUCACCAUGGACAAGCUGAUCCAGAGCAUCGUGCGACAGCUGCAGCACAUCGUGAGCGAUGAGAUCUGUGUGCAGGUGACAGACCUGUACCUGUCAGAGAACAGCAACGGAGCCACCGGAGGCCUGCUGGCCUCGCAGUCCUCCCGCACCCUCCUGGAGGCCGCGUACCAGCGCAAAGCCGAGCAGCUCAUGUCCGAGGAGAACUGCUUCAAGCUGAUGUUCAUUCAGAGCAGAGGUCAAGUUCAGUUAACCAUUGAGCUGCUGGACACUGAAGAGGAAAACUCAGAUGACCCUGUGGAAGCAGAGCGCUGGUCUGACUACGUGGAGCGGUACGUCAACUCUGACUCUACCUCCCCCGAGCUCCGCGAGCACCUGGCCCAGAAACCCGUCUUCCUGCCCAGGAAUCUGAGGCGGAUCCGCAAGUGUCAGCGUGGUCGGGAGCAGCAGGAGAAGGAAGGGAAGGAGGGGAACAGUAAGAAGUCCAUGGAGAACGUGGAGAGCCUGGACAAGCUGGAGUGUAAAUUCAAGCUGAACUCCUAUAAGAUGGUGUACGUGAUCAAGUCGGAGGAUUACAUGUACAGGAGGACCGCGCUGCUGCGAGCUCAGCAGUCCCACGAGAGGGUGAGCAAGCGGCUGCACCAGCGGUUCCAGGCCUGGGUGGACAAAUGGACCAAGGAGCACGUGCCCCGCGAAAUGGCAGCCGAGACAAACAAGUGGCUCAUGGGUGAAGGCUUGGAGGGCUUGGUUCCCUGCACCACCACGUGCGACACAGAGACCCUGCACUUUGUCAGCAUCAACAAGUACCGCGUCAAAUACGGCACGAUAUUCAAGACACCCUAAGAGAGUCCCCCGGGGCGAGGGCAGAGCCCGGGAGAUGUGUGUGUGUGCGCGCAUCCAGGGAAGGAGGAGGGAGAUCUUUCUCCCCUCGCUGUAUCUCCGUGACAUGGCCACUUGACUAGUGCGUGGCCGGUACAACCCGUCCCCGGCGGCGGGAUUCCCCCGCGGGGCCGCGGAUCUCCGCCCGGGGCCGCCGGCUGCCGGCCCUUUCUGGGGCAGGAAGGACCCUUCUCUGAACUGAGCCAUCCCAGAGAAAACACCACGAGCUCGUACACACCAGCAGCGUUGAGGCUUUGACUCCCCUGAGCGGCGAGGGAGGGGAUGGGAUGGGUUGGGAUGCUCUCCACCACCACCGGAGCCGCUUGGAUGUGUCCCCAAAAUCCCCAGGUGCCUGUGGCCACCGGAUUCUCCUCUCCUUGCGGGCUCCGGCGUUGGGGCCAGGGGGCAGCAGACCCCGGGCUCCUCCCGCUCCCUCCCCUCCCUCCCAGGCUGGACUCACCCUGUGCAGAUCGGUCUGUCCUUUCUAGUGCCAGUGGAACUGUUUUAUUUUUAUUUGGGGUUUUUGUUUUUUGUUUUUUUUUUUUUGUUUUGUUUUGUUUUAUUUUUUGUACCUGCUUGUUUACUAGUCUCUCCUAGUGCCAUGCACCAGCUUUUCACACACAUGUACGUACACACACACAGCAGAGAACAACACGAUUUUAACAUGUUCCCCUCCUUUUUUGUAAAUAAAUGUACAAAUUGUCAAUUUUUUUGGGUUUUUUUUUUUCCUUUUUGGUUUGUUUUGUUUGGCUUUUUUUUUUUUUUAAUUAAAGGAAUUAUGCUUGAUGUGCUAGCAUAACUGUACUAGCUUCUUGUGUACCAUAGUACCAGGUGGCUUGAGAAUUAGUACCGACAGACAGACCGAUGGAGACAUUUAUUACACUUUUUACCAAAGGGAGUUAUCAUUGUAGUGCUUUUGUGUGGAAACUUUUUUCUCCUUUUUUUGUAAAUAAAAAAAAAUAAUGUCUUUGUUCUUAACUGGAGGAAGACACUCGCUCACCCACAGCCGUGUUCCUGGUCUGAAAGGCACCGUUGCAGCACGCAGGUUUUGGGGUGGGAAAGGGGAGGGAAGAGGGAGGUGUAAUCCAACACCUUUUCUGAGGCUGGCUAGAGGAAACAGCAGAGGCAGCGUGUGUGCUUGAGGGUUGAACAGCUGAGGUAUAAGCACC